AUGGUUUCUACAACGAUUCAAACCAAAGAUCUUCACGUAUCAAAUACAAAUGAAUGUUCAUCUCAAUUAUCAAUGAAUUCUAAACGAAAUAUCGUAAUCGAUGAUGAAAUUAAUAAAAAAAUCAAAGUUGAAGACGGUACCGAUGAAGUAAAAAUCUUUUCAGCAUCAUCAAUAGAUAAACAUGAGUCAGAUGAUGAUGUUGAUAUAGAAGAUCGAUUGUCACCAGUUGUUGAAGAACCUGCUAGUCCAAGUAAAACUGAUACAUUGAAUAAUAAUAUUCCUGGAUUGUAUGCAUCACCUUUUCUUUAUCCUUAUUUUCAUCCUUAUUUUAUGGCUGCAACAGCACAAAUGAAUUCAUCAACAGAUAAAUUAUCGCUCAAUGGACAAAUGAAUAGUCUAUUUGGCGCUACACCAUCAUUUCCUGGUAUGCCAUUUUUUCCUUUUUAUCCUCCUGGUAUGAUGAAUCAAUCAUUUCAACCGAAUCUUUUUAAUCCAUUUGGUGUACCACCACCCGGUGUCCAAUCCUCGAAUUCAUCUCAUCGACAACAUCAAUCAUCUAUUAAUACUGAAUCUCGUAGAAAUUUAAAUGAACUCUUGGAAUCCAAACGUCCAAAAAAACCUCAUAUAAAAAAACCUUUAAAUGCUUUUAUGAUUUAUAUGAAAGAACAACGUGCACGUAUCAUAGAAGAAUGUACAUUAAAAGAAUCAUCAGCAAUAAAUAAAAUUCUUGGGCAGAAAUGGAAAGAACUCACUCGAUCAGAGCAAGAUCGCUAUUACGAACUAGCUAAAGAAGAACGUAAUCGUCAUAUGCAAAUGUAUCCGAAUUGGUCUGCGCGUGAUAAUUAUGGAAUGAAAAAAAAACGACCCAAUGGUCCAAUACAAAAGCAUGCAUCUCAUGAAAAUAAUCAGAGUCCCCAAAAAAAUCUAAUGAAUACUUCUAGACAAGUUGACAAUGAUUGUUUGAAUCUAAAAAAAUGUCGUGCCAGAUAUGGUUUAGAAGGUCUCAGUCAAUGGUGUAAACAUUGUCGACGAAAGAAAAAAUGCACAAAAUUUCUUGAAGAUGAUUCAUCUAAUCCAAAAACAUCAGGAAAUCCAUCGUCAGUUAGUUCACCGGGCACAUUUCAAUCGGAUGAUGAUAAUUCAUCAAAUGAAGCUGAUAGUGAUGAUAUAUUAUCGCGACAGAUCGAUUCCAUUGAAGAUGAACAUGAUGACAGUAAUGAUGAGAAUAAACAACAAUUUUAUCGUCCACCUGAAACUUUGCCAUUACAGUUUCUACCAAAUUUUCGUUAUUAA